AUGGCCCUCAAGAAAUUAAAAGACUCCAAGCUUAAUGAUACCUCCGAAUUAACAAAAUAGAGGAUGGACUUUAAAUCUUUGCUCUCUAAAAUCGAAUAAAUGUUGAAUGAACAGCAAAAUUAAUCAUGCUUAAACCUCAUCAACGAAAAUACUAAUCUGGCUGAAUCCUCCUACACAGACUUGGAAAAAUUAGUAAACAUUGUAGAAGGAACAACUCUGUCUUAUUGGAAUGCUUAGAAGAAUUCUUAUAUGAUUGAAUUAGAGAAGACCAAGAGUUGGUGGGACUAACAUAUAAAAACUUUUAUUGAAAAGUCUAACCAAAGAAUUCAAUAGAUUCUAUCAUUAAUUAAGUAAAUAUUUUAAUCAUAAUUUAAGGAAAGAAAUAGAAGUUUAUCAAAUGAAAGAUAAUCUUUAUGACCUCUUUACUUACAUCCAGGAUAUUGAUGAAACUAUCUAUAAGAAGAUUCUUGAAAUACUUAGAAAAGAGAAAGUUUCAGACAUCUUAGGAUUCCUUUCCAAGACAAAUAAUCAAAUCUUUGUUGAAUCUAUAAUCAAUGAGCAAGUUAAUAUGGAGGAUAUGACUAAGUAGGUAUAGAAAAUAACAAAUGUAUUGAGAAAUAUUUAGGAUCAUAAAUUUAGUAAGGAUGAUUAUUCUUCAGAGACUUAUGAGAAGGCAAGAUAAGAUCUAAUAAAGAGAAUGAAGGAUAACAAAGGGAUCACAGAUUUCAUCAAAUUUUUAGUAAUCCUUACAAGCAUAGAUGUAAAAUAGAUUUAAAGUGGAUCAAAUGGACUAAGUUUAUUAGUGGCCAUGAAGGUAGAUCUUAGGAAAGUUUCUUUUGAGAAUAUCAGGAUAAAAAACACUUCAUUAAUUGGAGGUAACUUUGUACGAUGCAAUAUGAAUGGAUCUUAAUUUGAAAAUGUAGACAUAAGUGGUGUCAAUUUUAAUGGAGAAUAGAUGUUCAAUUGUAAAUGGAAGAACAUUAAAGUCCAUGAAUUAAAUUAAUUAGAUGGUCAUAGUAAUGAUGUCAACUCAGUCUGUUUCUCUCCUGAUGGAAAUACAUUAGCUUCUGGUAGUAGAGAUGACUCUAUCCGUCUAUGGGAUAUCAAAAACAAGUAUUGUUCAGAUUAUAGAUUUAAAGAAAUUUAGGUUAAAAAUACAAAAUUUCCUUUUUUUAACACCCCUUUUGCAGUAAAAGAAUAUUAUUUAAAAUUUAAGUACAUCUUAUAUUAUGGUUUACCCAGACUUCAAUUUUUCAAGUUUUAAAAAAACCGUUUCCUUUUAGGAGAAUUAUUGGAGUAGCACUUGAUUAAUUUAAAAACUAACCUAUAUUAACCCUUAAUUUAACUCUAUUUUAAUAUACUUCAUGUGUCCAAUAUUUGUUGA